AUGUCGUUCCUCAUUGAUCAUGUCAAACAGGUAACCACAGACAAGCAAGCCAAUGUCGUGAUAUUCUCUGCAACAGCAAUUGCCCUGUAUGGCUACGACCAGGGCAUGAUGUCCCUCAUCAACACAAACGAGGACUACCUCUCGACCAUGGGCAUUGCAGAAGAAUCCCCCAUUGUCGGCGUCAUCGUGGCCAUUUACUACCUCGGCUGUGCAGUCGGCGCCGUCCUCUUCUCUAAAAUGGCAGACAAGGUCGGCAGGAAGAAGAGCAUUUUCUUCAGUCUGGCGGCGGCGAGUCUGGGCAACCUAGUCAUGUUUGUUGCGGGUAUGAAGUUUGAGGGUAUUGCCCUGUGGGUUAUGAUUGUGGGACGAGUGAUUAUGGGCUUGGGCGUUGGAGGCAUCGACGCCGUCAUUCCGACAUAUUCUUCCGAACUCUCGUCUGAUGAUUCAAGAGGCAAGGCGCUGGCGCAGGAGUUUCAGUCGAAUAUUUUUGGCCUCGUCAUGGCGUUUGGGAUUAACCUUGGCAUCACGAUUGCGCUGGGGAAGCAGAAUCAGUGGGCGUGGAGGACGCCGAUUAUCGUUAUGCAGGUCUAUCCUGUGCUGUUGAUGGCCUUUGUCGAGCGUUUGCCCGAGAGCCCGAGGUGGUUUCUUUUCAAUGAUCGGGAGGAUGACGCGAAGGAGGCGUUGGAGGAGAUUUACGGUGAUGGAGGCGAGGAGAAAUUCGACGAGUUGAAGGAGCAACAUGAGAAAGAAAAGGGUGAUAGCGUGGGCUAUUUGGACAUGAUGAGCCCAAGUCAUCCCCAGUUUCACCCCACCAUGGUGACCAUCAUGUGUCAGGUAAACCAGGCAUUGACAGGGUAUGGAGCGGUUUCUGUAUACGGACCUCAGAUUUUCGAACUCCUCGGUUUUGGGGUCAGGCAAUCCGAAUACCUUACGUUGGGGAACUACACAUCCUAUUUCUUCCUCAUGACACUGGCCUGGCUUCUCAUUGAUGCUCUCGGACGACGUCACCUCCUUAUUCAAGGCUCCAUCAUUCUGUCUUCCUGCUUCGCUCUGCUCUGCGUCUUCGGUGGCCUGGCGGCGAACUCGAGCAGCCUCGACAUCCCCAUCAUCGUGCCUGGCGUCAUUGGCACAGUCAUCUUAUUUAUCGCAACAGGAGCCUUUGGAAUCGGCUGGCUCUCCACCGUCUGGCUCAUCCCCACUGAGAUCUUCCCCACGAACGCCCGCGCACAGGGCACCGCCAUCUCGGUCAUUAUUUGGGGCAUUGCAAACUUUGCCAUUACCUUCUUGACACCCGUGCUGUUCAAUAACCUGGGUUAUUACAUCUUCGUCGUGUUCGCAUGCACGAACGCGGUAGCUGGUCUGUGGACGUUUCUCUAUCUCCCAGAGACGGGUGGUCGCUCUUUCGAUGAGAAUCAGGACUUCUUCAAGGAGGCUGGUGAGGCGGGCACGUGGAGAGUUAGUAAAGUUGCAAAGGGCGAGUAUGCCAAGAUGAUGUAUCCUGAUCCCAAGGAUCCGGAGGGGAACAAUAUCGAUGCGGAGAGGGUACCGCUUUUAAGGAGGAUCGAGGAUCAAGUGCCUGUUGUGGAGUGA